UGCGAGUGUUCAACAUUUCAGGAACUGUCAUGUAGGUUAACUCAUCAGUAAUAAUUGCUUGAUUACAAUUGAUGCCGGAUCCUUACACAGUCUUUGUUAUCUUAGUUAAUUUCUUGAUCACCACAGCGUGUACAGAAGUUAUCAAUUGCGAUAAAUUCUAUGUCAUGACGAAGCCAAAGUUAGUUGUGUUUGAUCUGGAUUACACCCUCUGGCCAUUCUGGGUGGACACACAUGUGGAUCCACCCUUUCGAAAAGAUAAAAGUGGCAUAAUCGUGGACUCCCGAAGUUCCCCCAUUUCCCUCUACAAGGACACUGUGGACAUUCUGACCUCGCUCCAUGGUCAGGGCAUUAAAAUUGGAAUUGCUUCACGCACUGGAGAAACGGAUGGAGCCAAUCAACUACUCUCCUUGUUCAACCUUGACCAGUAUAUCUCAUUCAAGCAAAUAUAUCCAGGCUCAAAGGUGACACACUUUCAGAGGCUGCAGACCGACAGUGGCGUCAAGUUCAGCGAUAUGAUAUUCUUCGAUGACGAAUCCAGGAACAUAUUGGACGUCGGUCGACUAGGUGUUCAUUGUGUUCACGUGCGUAGCGGAGUGACCUCAAAACUUGUUGCGGAGGAGCUGGAGCGUUUCUCCAAGUCGCAGAGCUGAGGACUGUUAGUCUGAAGAGACGAUCAAAAUUCAUGGCACCACAUCGCCGGAUGCCUGUGGAAUCAUUUGCACAAGUCUUUGAAGACGGGUUGUUUACAGACGGAUCACACACAGUCAUCUGCUGGUUUUUCACUUUGUUGUAAAUAAUUUAGAAAUGCAACUUUGUAUCGAAAAGCACUCUCUACCUGACAAGUCAAGUUUAAUCUACGUUCGCACAAUGCAUAGAGACAUAGAAUGGAUUAAUGAAGUCAUUUGAAUGAGAUAUCUUCGAGAUAGAUUGUUUGAGUAAGAGUGAUAUGGUAUUCUUUUUGUCCUUCCCAAAAUAGUCUUGUCUCUGUAUUUGUUUUUCUGAUUGCUUUGUGCUGGGCAUGAACUACAAAGGCACGGCUUAUAUUGAUUUUUUUCAUAUUUUUCAAAAUCCUUGUAUGGAUGCAAUGUCUUGUAAGAUACAUCCAAAAAGUGCUGUUUUUAAACUAACUUGUAAUUCAAACGCAUCCCUUAGAGUUUGGCAAGCCAAAGAAGAAUUGAAUAUGUGGUUUUAUCUGCUGCUGUUGCAUCUAUGGUAAGCACAGAUGCACAUUAUUAAGCUUGCAUAUUCAUGUAUGAUUUCAUUUUAAGGCCAUUUGCUGUUGGUCUUUGACUAAAUGUUGGUGCGGCUGAGCAUGAAGCACAUUGACAUGUUACAUUUUGAUGACAUGUUUAGUCACAUGUUGACUUGUCCUGGAUGGCUUCACAAUGGCAGUCCUAAGCAUCCCUCAAAGAACUAAUUCAUACGAGCCAGUAGAAGCUGUCUUGGAGAAAAUCAACUCAUACUUCAAGUGAGUGGUCAGUGAGGAUAACAUUAUGUUACUCACCCCAGCAUUCUAGUGAGUCUUGGAUUUUCAUUUGCCUAUUUAUAUUUGAAAUGUUUUUUUUAAAUUUUUAUUUUAUCUGUUAUCUGUACCCACAAAGCCAUUGAUUGCUCUGCGUUGAUGCAAGAAUCCCACAUGUUGUUGGAGCAAUGAAAUUCACAACUGUCUACAAAACGAGGCACUGGCAAUCACACUUGCCCAACUAAGACGCAUUUAAAAGCCUGGUAUGAAGAGUGGGAGUAUGGAAUCCCCGUCCCUGCUGUGUAGGGAUAAACAAAUGGCUGCUGCCAAACCAGCCAACUGCCCAGUGCCUCCCACAUGCCCGGUUAGAGUCUAGCCAGAGAGAGAGCGCUUAAAGUCACUUUUCCACUGCCAGUUUUCUGGUAGGCCUACAGCUCGACAAAGUGUGACUGGGCCGCCACUGUUUGCUUUUCGAAUAGGCACGACACAGCUCAAUUAUAAAGCAAAAAGUGGUGGCCGAGUCACGCUGUGUUGAGCUGUAGCCAGGCCUACCAGAAAACCGGCAGUGGAAAAGAGACAUUAGUGGCUUUAUCAUUCAACGAAAGCUGUAUUAGAGCAGUGCAGCUUUUAAUUUUAGGUGGGGGGCGCGUGAAAAGGCCUGCCGUACAGACAGAAUUUUUAGCAAGAUGAAUGUUGGCUCUUGGGGGUAAGCUGUUAUUGCAUCUUGUCUAACAUGCGUUGAAGUCGGUUACACAGUGUGUUUAAUUGCUUCAUUUGUCUUAGUAAUGUAUUCUGACAAAACAACCAGCUGUAAACAUAAAGUGCUUUGACUGAAAAAUGGGGAAAAGUAUGGCAAGUUUUGGGCGCCUGUCAUGUUGUGGCUUUUAUGUUUUGUGAUGCCCAAGGCUUUUAUGUAUCCAAUAAAAAAAAAUUCAAACCCACUUGAUAGGGUUGUGGUUGCUGCUCCGAAAAUGAUGUAAAGUACAACAUUGGAAUAAAAAUUAGAUUUCAGAUUUAGGUUUUAGAUGGAUAGAUGGGUUUUCUAUAUGACGUUCUUGCCCUUUUUAAGUAAAAGCUUU